UGAAUGGCGCAGGUGGCGAUGGAGGCGGAGGCGAACCGCUGCGCCGUCCUCUUCUACGCCCACCAGGCCUUGCGGGCCUUCCGGGCCGGGAGCAGCCAGGACUUUCGGGAGCUGCGCGACGUCCUCGCUGCCAUCCUGGCGCGACCGGUGGCCCUGGAGGAGCCGAUCCAGAUCCAGCUGCGCAUCAUCCAGAUCCUGUCCAGGCUGGAGGAAGAUUGGAACAUUAAUUCAGAAACUGAGCUAACUCCUCUUGAAGACGUGCUUGUCCUUCUAGAGAGGCUUGCAGAGGAACGCCUCAUCAGUGUGGAAAUAACGGAGGAAAUAAAGAGAAGAAUAAAGGAAGCUGCUGUGAUCACAUGUAUUAGGAACAAAGAAUUUGAACAUGCCAGCAAAAUCUUAAGGGAACACAUGUCGCAGGACCACAACCGCAAGCAAAUUAAAGAUAUUUUGCAUCAUGCCGUCCAAGAGAAAAAUUCUUCUCACCCGGCCAUCUGCCAGUUCUCCUACAACGCUUUCCAGCAGCAGAUUCUUCUCUUCUUUGAACCUUACUUGGAUAAUUCUGAGCCAUUUCUCUUAGUGAUGGCAAAAAAGUAUUGCGAUGAACGUCUGGAGUCCAAGAAGAGCCCAGCAGGAGCAGCUGACAAGGAGAAACAAGAGGCCCCCGAGACCUCUGGGACAGGAAGUGGAGAGGGAGCAGGACAACUCAGUGAGGCAGGAGGACGGCCGGAGUCUGGAGCAGGAACUGGAGAAGCAGCAGCAAAAUCUUUGCCACCACCAGAUGAACAUGAAGUUAUGGAGUGCUUGGAGGCAGCCGGUGAGCCCACCAAAGCAUCCCCACAGGUGGAAGGAGCAACAGGGACAGCAGAGCCUGAUGCCAUGGCCCCCGUGUCUGCAGCUUCCGAUGACUCCACUCAGGCCUCAAGCCUGAAGCCGGCUUUCUAUGUGCUUUCUGUGCUGAGAGAAGCCUUCAAGAGUCUUUCUGAUGCCCCAGACCCCGAGGAGGCAUUCUUGCUAUUGGACAAGACUGAUUGGACUUACUCCAGGCCACUCUUGCCUUCCAGCUCCCCCAGAGCUAAGCACCAGAAGAUGGGAGACACCACUGUCCUCAGCGGAGAGAAAAUCCAACACCAUCGCUCUAUAGCCAAAACCGUGCUGAGUAAAGAGGAAAAACGCAAGAAAUCCGGGAAGUUGAUUGCAAAGACACCUGUGACUUUGCAAGACCAGCCAUCCAAGCAGAAAGAGAUCCCCUUAAGUACACCGUGCCAAGGUUCCAGGGAGAACAAGCAAGUCACUCCUCCCCUUCUGCAAGAAGACAAGGAACACUGGAGCGACGAAGAAGAUAUGUUCAUGGAUCAUAGUGAGUGCAUCAUUGCUCUGAACUUUGCCAGUAAGCCAGAAGGGAAUCUUUAUCCACUUGCGUUUCUGGUGCAAUGUCAUGUUUUCGUGGCAAAAACCAUCCGAAGUCUGAGCCAGGAAGGGAGAAGCACUGUGGCUGCGUAUGGUAGAAAGGAAAAAAUUUCCCAGGCAAUACUUGUGCCUGCCAACCUCUUGGACCCAGGAGGAAUCGGCCUGGAUAAAGAAAGGCGUGGAAAAGUUUGGGGAAGGCAACUGGAAGGUCAUUUCUCGAAGCUACCCUUUUAAGGAUCGCACCGCAGUGAUGAUUAAAGACAGGUGGCGGACAAUGAAAAAAUUGGGUCUUGUCUGAAUGCCUUGGGUUGAAUUAGAUGUUGAUAUGUUAAUAUGUUAAUAUGUUGUUUUCUAAGAUGUUAUGUAAAUUAAAAAUAAAGCAUUUAUAUUGAGUAA